AUGUCUAUCUCACCUAUAAUCACCUUCAAGGCAGGCAGAUGCGAACUUGAUACAUCUAGCCAGCCUUAUAAAGUUACACCUGACCCAACCCCAGGUUAUAUCUACCUAUACUCCGAAGAUGAUCUUGUUCACUUUUGCUGGCGUGAACGAAGCAAGCCUAUGACCGAUGAAGACAACCUGGAUCUUGUUAUGUUUCCAACCGAUGGACAUUUCGAGCCAUACGAAUACAAGACCUCGGAUCAACCCACUUCCAAGACCAAUGGUCGUAUUUUCGUCUUGAAGUUCUCGUCAUCCUCUCAAAGACAUCUAUUCUGGUUGCAAUCGAAGUCACAAGCCCGGAAUGGAGAUCUAAGCUGGUUCAGCCCACGCGAUUUGAAGAUUGGCCAGAUCGUCGACACGUUACUGCAAGGCGAAGAGGUCAAUGUCUCCGAGGAGAUUGCACAAGUACGCGGCGGCAACGAUGACAAUGAUGAGGAUGAGACUAUGGAAGAUGUCGAGGGCCAUGGCGAUCAAUCAGAAAACCAUCGUGGGGGUAGUGGCGGCGCAGGACCAGGUGCUACGGGUGGGGAUGUUAGAGAGGAGGGUGCGGGUGCACGAGAAGGUGGGGCUGAUGGCGGGCGAGCUGCCAGUGGGCCACAAGAUACUGCGACGGUUGUUCAAAAUUUCCUCAACUCCCUGAAAGGUUCAACCGGACAGCAACAGCAAUCCCCCCAGGGUCAGAUUUACACAACACUACCAGAUCUACUACCAUCCUCUACCACAAUUCCGACUAUCGAUUCCGCAUCCCCGGCUCAAAUCGAUAAUCUCCUUUGCUACUUGCCUCCAACAAUCCUUCUCCUUGCACAAGAAUCAAGUGCACAAAUAGACGGGAUGGUUGAACCAAAUGCCGAAACGACAAGUGCUGCUAUCCAGACUCUGAGCCUCGACCAGAAGAUAUCGAUAUUGAAGCGGGUAUUGAGGAGUCCUCAGUUUCACCAGGGCCUAGGCAGCCUUACAAUGGCGAUUCGAGAUGGUGGGUUACCUAGCAUUGCCGAGGCGUUGGGGAUUAAGUUAGACAAUGGAGGCUUGGUUAGAGGGGGGAACGUCCCCCUCGGCGGAGGAGAUGCGGUCCAGUCGUUUAUCGAGGGUGUAAAGAAGACGGUGCAGGAAAAGUUCCUCCUCCUCUCCUCCAAAUACUACCCUCCCUCAAGCACUCAAGCAGCCCCUUCUCCAAACACAUCCAAGCCCGGGGCGGAUCCUACCACACCUCCCUCCAUCAAGCAUCAAGAUCGUGCUCUCCGACGGCUACCCUUCAAACACACACACCACCCUCAUCACACUAUGAACUUGAACUCCUUUAACCAACGGGCCCAGCAGAAGGAUCUCGCCCAUACUCUCAGCCUAAGACGACCAAACGCCAGACGGCCGAUCGCCAGACUACCAACCGUCACACCCCCACCCGCCUACCAAGCAAACAACAUGAACAAUCCAGGAGGAAACAACAUGAAUCAUCAAGGAGGAAACAACAUGCUUCAUCCAGGAGGAAACAACAUAAACCAUCCAGGAGGAAACAACAUGAAUCAUCCAGUACCAAACCCCAUGCUUCAUCCAGCAAUCCACACCCUGAACAUGCACCAUCCAGGAGUAACCACCGUGAACAUGCCCAAUCCAGCCCUAAAUAUCCAGGUCAAUGAUGGCGAGGAAUCAGACAUGGAAGAGGAAGAGCCCAAGCUAGCUAACUUCAAGAUCACCAUCAACGCCCCUCUCACCAUCCUCGGCGACAGCAACAUCGUUUGCGCUGACACCGGUGCCAGUGCUGGAAAAAUCGCCGUCGCCGUCGUCUCGGCUCUGAGACACCUGUGCGGAGACGGUGCUGGUAGCAUUCCCAUGUUUGAUGGUGAUGGAUCUCCCCGCCCUAUCGAUGUUACUGUUAUGUCAGAGAUGAGGAUUGAGGGCUCGCACAAUAUUCUUGGAGAGAAGGGUCUCGACGAAUUUGGACAGAUGCUGAAGAGGGAGAGGGAUGAAAGCGAGCCUUUGGAGGUGGAUCCGAAACGUCCUCGUCGGGGUUAA